UUGCCAAGUUUGUAAGCUGCAAAAAUAAAACAGAGCUAUGAGCGACGAAGUGCCCGAAAUUUAUCUGUCGCUUUACAAGAACUUGGAGCAGGAGUGGAAGAGCAAGCGUAGAAAUUUGAACAAAUGCGGCGAAUUAUUGACGCAGUUGAAGGUUGCCCUUACAUCGUUGAACUUCUUGCCAAUCGAUGAUAUCGAAGCCACGAAUCGACAGCUACUGAUCGCCCGCAACGUGCUCGAGAUCGGAGCCGAGUGGAGCAUCGCCACCAAGGACGUGGCCUCCUUCGAGCGCUACAUGUCGCUGCUCAAAGUCUACUACUACGAUUACGCCUCGGCGCUGCCCGCCUCGGCCUACCAGUACCAGCUUCUCGGCCUCAAUCUCCUCCAUCUGCUGUCGCAGAAUCGCGUCGCCGAGUUUCACACGGAGCUGGAGCUGCUUCCGAUCGGCCAGUGCCAGCAGGACGUCUAUCUGCGCGUGCCCCUCAGCCUCGAGCAGUACCUCAUGGAGGGCUCGUACAACAAGAUAUUUCUCGCGAGGCACAACGUACCCGCGGAGAGCUACGGCUUCUUCGUCGAUCAGCUGCUCGGCACGGUGAGACGAGAGAUCGGCGCUUGCCUGGAGGCGGCUUGCGACAAGAUCUCGCUGCAGGACGCCACGAGGAUGCUGAAUCUCGACUCGGGCAGGGCGACCCUCGAGCUGGUCGAGGCGGCGCCGGAUUUGGACUGGCGUCUCGAGCCGGACGGCUGCUUUCACUUCUCGGCGAAGAGGGACAAGAGGAGGGCCGAGGCGGCCGAGCAGCUGCCCAGCGCCGAGUUCGCCGCACUCAAGAUCGACUACGCGAGAGAGCUCGAGAGGAUCGUGUAAUUUUUUUAUACGAUUGCUGUAUGGCAAAGUGCGAAGUAUCGCAGGAAUGGGGAUAUAUAGUUUAAGGACUCGAAAAAUAUUCAUGGGCGCUUGUGCUACGUUUUCUUAUUUGCUA